UCCCCAUUGCCCUUCUCGUAUGUCUUUCAAAUGACUUGCAGUUUUGGCUCUUUGAUGGCAAAGCUUAGUCUAGGUAGCAAUUUUAACGUUCGCACGUACCAGGUACGUACAAGUCAGUAAUACUUCCACUGAAGCAAACGAAUCGUCCGAAUCCCGAGCCUCCAGAGAGGCAUCACCGCAACAAUUGCUCCUGUUUGGUUGUUGAAUGCCAGCUAGCUUGACUGUGAGCAUAAAAGAAGAGGAACCGAACGCCCAGCUUGAACAGCAGCAGAGCCCUAUCACAGCCAACCCUCUCUGCCCAAAGACUGCAGUAUAGCUACUAGCUAAUACCAGCGUAGCUAAUACCAGUAGAGAUUCAAGCAGUAGAGGUUCAAGCAUCGACGGCACACACAGCGAGCUAGUCCUGAUCAGAACCAGUCCGCUUCAAGAUCGAGGGCAAAGAGCGGAAGUCACAACACAGCCUCCGGAUUUUGGUUGAUUGAUCAAUUCCAGAGUUUCGUUAAGCAGGACAAGUAAGUAUGGCUCUGAAGACCCUUACCGAAUUGUGGGAAGAAAGGAUGAUAUCCUUUGAUGACAAGGAGCCACUCCGUCGUGGUGAAUGGACUGAGGCAGAAGAGGCAUAUGUGGAGGCUCUAGUGGAUGCCUUUCAUGAUGGCUUACUGGACAUUUCCAAGGGUCAAACAUUAAGAGCGUUGUUAGCCAAGUGCGUUCAUUGCCAUCCUAAAAGGAUCUCCAAGAAGAUGGAGAAGUGUGAUUAUCAUGGCAGAGGCACGUACAUGAAAAAGGCCAACCUGACCGAACAAGAAGUCAAUACCACAGAAAACAAAUUGCGGGCCUUGAGUAUGAGGUUUGAAGAGUCUGUGCAAGGCUAUAGGAACUCUGCUAGAAUCGCCGCAAGGAACGCCACGACGCCUUCAACGUCCGCCUAUGUGGCUAGGGCUGCAGCCGCUUCUGCGGCGCCAGUGGCGUAUCCUUCCGCGGCCUCGUCGUUGGCUACCGAAGGUCACCAGGACCUUGCUCUUUCCUUACUUCUUCAGGCUACCAAUACAUCUACUAUCGGGAACCAAGCCACUGGGGCUGGACAUCUCAGUAGUGGCACAUCUCGAGGUGUCGCACCCGCUGGUUUGUCGUUUGGUGAUACCGGUAUGACGGCAAGGACGUCGACGGCCGGACAAGCCAUUUCGCAGGGGGGCACCGUUCAAAGCCAAACCAGCAACGAAUUCCUUCAAGAGUUGUUGUUGCUUUCUUAUGCAAAUCAGGGUGGGCAAUCCUUGACUUUGAACAACGAUCACCGCCCUCCUGAUCCGCCUGUUCGGGCUGACGAAACGCCAAGCGAUGGGGAUUUAUUGUCGCUUGCUUUGAAUACCCGUCAUCGAGAAGAGCCACCCGAGCGCAAUUUGGCCUCACAAGCUAACUCGCAGCAACCAAUUACUCAGGCUGAGCUCUUGCGGGUGCUUCACCAAACCGGCGGAGUGCCUCUCACGACCGGUACCCGAACCGAGCUCUCAUCCACGCAGACUGCGGCUCCAAGUUCCGAUGCUGCAUUUUUAGAUUUUCUACAUGUACAUCAAUCUGGCACUGCACCUGCUGCUCAGUUGCUGCCUCAGGCUGGCUCUAGGGCACCUUCGUUGUGCGUUGAGGCAGCCAUUCAACAGCUUCUUGGUAAUGAAUCUGUUGCCAGGUUACCACCUCAGGCGGAGUAUCAAUCGCCUUUGUUGUCUGCUCGGCCUACCAGUUCCUCCGGUAACUCCACAUCAUCUGACAUUGAUGCAGCCAUCCAACAGCUUCUUGGUACUGGAUCUGUUGCCAGGUUGCCAGCCCAGGCUGAACAUGCCUCGUCCCAUCAGAAUACAGGCUCUGCUCUCUCUGUGUCCGACUCCACACUGGAGCUUCUUGGCCAGGCACUGGGGAUUCCUAACACAGCAGCGAGUCCAACUCUGGCCCGGCCAAGGUCUGCAUCGACACCAGCGGGUGUUGAGGCAAACCUUAUGCAGCUCCUUGAUCCAACCUUACGAAUGACUCAACCUGCGUCCCAGAACGCUUUUAUCGAGUCAGGAGUGGUGCACUCUCAAAGUGCAGCAGCUGCUCCCGCGACUGCGAUGAAUCAGGAGACAGCAGCGUCAAUUGAAGCGACAAUGAACAUAUUGGUACGUCAAUUUGGAUCUUCUCAAACUGCUCCCCAACCAAUCGGUGCUUCUGCUGCCUCCAUGCCUGCUGAUGGUAGGGCAUUAGUAAGGGCCGCCCGUGUGGCAAGGGACCCUCCUGCGAACUCAACCCAGGCGACGGAGGGUUCAACCAACGAAAACACCGGUAGUCGAGAUGAGGAGGAAGUAAAGAGACUGCUGUCAGAUUUGAUGGCGAAUGCGACGAACAAGCGCCCCAGAUACAACUAAUAAGAGGCAAGGCGUUUCCGAGGAGCACGGUGAAGGGAGACGCUGAAAAGACAAUGAAAAAGAAAUACAUGGGACUUUUUUAAUCUUAUGCAUAUGCAUGUACGAUACAUAGAUGAAAAUUCAUUAUUAUUUG